AUGACCAAGAACCAUCCAUCUCUCCGCAAGACGGCGUCCAACGCUGACCUGUACUCGGAUCCCUCGCCGCCUCGCCCGCUGCGACACUCUUACUCGACACUGUCACGUGCCCACACGACUGCGGCCCUAUCACAUCGCCCGAGGACAGAUAGGAAUGCGGACAGAAUAGACCGGGAUAUGGAGAGGGCAUGGGCAAACAGGCAGCCUAGCCGUCACAGCGUUGCGGCGUCGUAUAUGGGCCUCAUCGACAUUGACGAGGACUUUGCGAGACCAUCGACGCAGCAAAACCCGCCGCCCGUGCCUCCGAAGAUCCCAGAGGUACCAGUGGUAGAGAACACGCAUCUGAGGGAGAGCCGCCCAGCACCCUCUCACCCGUGGAUGCCAGCUCCUUCCAAGGUGACACCGAUGCGUCGUGAGAAGGAAGGUCCGGAGAAAUACACGAAGCCUUUCACCGACUUCAUGACUGCGAACCCUACUGUGUUCCAUGCUGUGGACGCCGUGGCCCAAGAUCUUGAGAAGGAUGGAUACAAGAAGCUGAACGAGCGCGAUGCGUGGGACCUCAAGACGGGAGGGAAGUAUUAUGUCGACCGCAACGGCACUUCUCUCAUCGCGUUCGCUGUUGGAGAGAAGUACGAGGCUGGCAACGGUGCCGCUAUCGUGGCUGGACACAUCGACGCGCUCACCGCCAAACUGAAACCAAUCCCCAAGCUGCGCAACAAGGCAGGCUACGUGCAGCUCGGUGUCGCGCCAUACGCCGGUGCGCUCGGUGACACAUGGUGGGAUCGUGACCUGGGCAUCGGUGGCCGAGUCCUUGUGAAGGAGAACGGGAAGGUCGUCAGCAAGUUGGUCAAGCUGGACUGGCCCAUUGCACGAAUCCCAACACUUGCGCCACAUUUCGGAGCUGCUGCAAACGGCCCGUUCAAUAGGGAGACUCAGAUGGUUCCGAUUGUUGGGCUCGACAACUCGGAUUUGGGCGCCUCGUCGACUGAGAACGAAGAGUGGAAAGCAAGUGUUCUUGGUGGAGAGGGCGCCUUUAUAACGACUCAGCCAGAGAGGCUCGUCAAAGCCAUCUCUGGAGAGCUGGGCAUCACAGACUACUCCACCAUCGUAAACUGGGAACUCGAGCUCUUCGACGUCCAACCCGCCUGCACAGGCGGCCUCGGCCGGGAAUUCAUCUUCGCCGGGCGCAUCGACGACAAACUCUGCAGCUGGGCCGCCAUCCAAGCCCUCCUCAACUCGACCACCUCGCUCUCCUCAUCCUCCCAAAUCCGCAUCGUCGCGCUCUUCGACGACGAAGAAGUCGGCUCGCUCCUCCGCCAGGGUGCACGCGGAAACUUCCUCCCCAGCGUCAUGGAGCGCAUCGUCGAAGCCUUCACUGACAGCAAAGUCCAAAGCACCCUGGCCAGGACAUACGCAAACUCCUUCCUCGUCAGCAGCGACGUCAUCCACGCCGUCAACCCAAACUUCCUCAACGCGUACCUCGAAAACCACUCCCCGCGCCUCAAUGUCGGACCGGCCGUCAGCGCGGACUCGAACGCGCACAUGACUACCGACGCGGUCUCGACGGCUAUCCUGCAGCGUUGCGUGGAUCGCGACAUCGGCGCUCGCUCCGUCGACCCGAAACUCCAGGUCUUCCAGAUCAGAAACGAUAGCAGGAGUGGCGGUACCGUGGGCCCGAUGUUGAGCUCCGCAACGGGUAUUCGCGCUAUUGAUUGUGGUAUUCCGCAGUUGUCGAUGCAUUCUAUCCGUGCGACGACGGGGAGCUUGGAUCCGGGACUCGGCGUGUUUACGUUUCAGAGCUUUUUGGAGAGGUUUGAGAGCGUGGAUAGGGAGUUUAGGGAGUAG